CGGCCAUUCCAAACAAGCACAACGGUCUUUUAGUACUUUCGCCUUCAUAAUCAUCAUUCAUCAACCAACAACAACAUUCUGGAUUUCUGAUGAUAGAGUUUCAGUCAACCAUAAUAAGUAAUGACAAAGCAAAUAAAAGCUUCCAAUCUCUCUCUUUCUUCACUCCACCCUUCUCUUCUCCCUCGGUCCUCUCUCAUACAUGGCCAGCACAGAUGAUGAACCCAACAAACCUUCAGCUAUCUACGAUUCCUCGCCUUCUGAACCUCUCCUGUCAAAACCCUACCCUUCACCUUCUAUAGAGGAAAACCAGAAUGACUUGAUCGAGUCUGAGCAGAAUAACUACCCUCAGAUCACCUUCAACUAUGGACCUAGACACUUCCAAGAUCUUCCCUUUAUGUUCCUCUUCAUUCUCUUCGUUCUCUCCACCUUCGCUUUCGGCAUUUUCUCCGUUGCUCACCGGAACCCUAACUCUUCCAACGUCUCAUCCUUCGUCUACGACUCCAAUACCAGCUCUUGUGUCAAGGAAUCCUUAACUUCUCCCCACCCAGAAUUUUAUCAAAUUUUGACUUUCCCAUCUUUCUCCAAUUAUGCUUCGUCUUCCCAUCUUUGGAGGGAUUUGACGUGGACCCUGGUAAUUACUUUUGUCCUCAGUGUGCCUUUUGUUCUGGGACUCCUUUGGUUACUCAGGCAUUAUGCCAAGCAGAUUGUCUAUGUUUCUCUUCCCUUCUUUGUUGUAAUUCCCAUCUUCUUCAAUGUCUUCUGGUUUGUAGCUUGUACGGUUAGCUCUAGUUGUAGCGGUGCUUUCCCGCUGGCCUAUCGGAUACUGGUGCUUGUAUUCAUUUUCCUAAUUAUCGCUAUCAUUGUAUGGAUAAUUGUGGCCAAUUGGCACCGAAUUGGGCUGACAGUGGAUAUCAUUGAGGUUGCAUCCUAUGCGCUCGCGAGGAACCUCGGGUUGUUUGGGGUCCUACCAUGUCUAACUCUGGGGCUUUUGGCUUAUUUCGUGCCAAUCGUUGUUUUCCUGGUUUUUGCGCUGCAUAAUGGGAAGAUUGAGCCGCAUGUAAGUAAAGGAUCAACGGAAGGGUAUUCUUGUGUUUGGAAGCAAGAUAGUUGGGUACCCGCGUACUAUACCUUAGCAAUUGUUACGAUGUUGUGGUCCGCGGCGGUUAUGGUGGAAGCCCAAGUUUAUGUGAUUAGCGGGACUAUUGCUCAGUGGUACUUCUCAAAGGAUGAUUCUACUCGCAAACGGAGUAUAAGGAGUUCUCUGAGAAAUGCUUUUGGUCCCUCCUUCGGAACAGUAUGUUUCUCAGGCUUAAUAAUUGCAGCAGUUCGUGUUGUGAGAGCUUCUGUGGAUAGCGCAAGACGAGAAGAUGCUCCUACAGGGAUAAUGAACCUUAUGCUCCGUUGCUGUGUUAAUGCAUUAUUGUCAGCAGUUGACUUCGUCAACAAGUUUACCAUCAAUUUUGUUGCAAUUACUGGAGAAGGUUAUUGUUCUGGUGCAAAGAUGACAUAUGAGCUUCUCAAACGCAAUCUUCUUUCUCCUGUUUUUGUUGAAACUGUCUCUACUCGCAUCCUGGGAGGGAUCAUUUUUGUUCUCUCAGCAGUGUACGCAAUUGUGGUUUGUGCCAUUCUAAAGGCAGCCAGCAAUCUUGGCGUAGAUUCAUACUUAGUGGCAGUUCUCGCAUGGGUGCUGCUCAUAGUGGUGCUGGGCUUCUUUGUGCAUGUGCUGGAAAAUGUGAUUGACACCGUGUACGUGUGUUAUGCCAUAGAUAGAGACAGGGGAGAGGUUUUUAAACAGGAUGUCCAUGAGGUGUAUGUCCACCUACCCAUCAGUAGAGACAGUAGGCCUUCCUUGGCCACCAGAACCCCAUUUGUAUGAAUACGUGUUCAAUUAUUCUGUUGUUUUACUCUGUCUGGCCACUUGGCCAAUUGUGUGUAUACCUUCAUUUUAUACAUUGUACAAUGUUUGAGGUUGGUUUGUUAAUUUGUUACUGAUGCAAUAAAAAGGUUGAUCCAUUAAUUUA